AUGGACGCCUGGCCACCCUCCUGCGCCGCAAAGCCGCCGGACUACGCCCUCGACGCCACGGACUACAUGCAGCGCGUGCUGCUCGCUCACCACGGCAGCAAGAUCGUCGUCCUAAAGAACGGCGCCCGAAAGCUCGGUCUGAAGUAUGAGGACACGCUCCCAGCGUGGCUGCGCGACGCCGCGCGCCGCGAGACGACGGUGCUCGGCGCGCUCGGGAGCGCGCCGCCCGCCGCGGCCGAAGCGCACACGGCGCGGCUCGAGUACGACGACCGCGGCGUGCAGCGCGAGGUGCCCUCUGUGAGAAGCGCGUCCGCCGACGCGUCGCCCGACGGCUGGCGGAGCCUCGCCGCGAAGGCGGCCGCGGCGAAGGCCGUCGACGGCGACGUCUACGCGUGCGAGCUUCAGCGCCUGCGGCGGUGGCGGCGCGAGGGCCGCUGGACGCGGUCGAUCGCGGAGCGGAGCCAGCGCGCGGUCUUCGGCGACGCGGCGCGCUGGACCCUGCGCUGGGACGACGAGAACGACGGCGUCUUCCUCGGCGCGCGCGGCGGCGGCAAGGGCCUGCACGUGGACCAGGUGCUCUGGAGCAACGUGGGCAUCAACUGGACGGGCUACAAGCUCGUCGCGACCUGGGACGAGAUGCCGUCCGACGCGCUCUCCGACGCGAUCUUCGCGCCGCCGCUGACGGCCGAGAAGCGCGCCGCGCUCGAGCGGUGCGCGUGCGUCGCCCUGCUGGGGCCCGGCGACGCGUUCGCGUGCUCCGGCGGCGUGCCGCACGCGACGCUGGUCGUCGGCGACGAGCUCAACCUGACGAGCUACGAGUCGCUCGUGACGCUGGAGCCGUCGAACGUCGACCUGUUCCUCGCGACGCCGCGGCGCUCGGACCAGGUCAUGGCCGCCGACGACUUCCGGGACCUGCUCGGGGCCUGCGUGUCGAACCUCGCGGCCAUCGCGAAGCAGCCGCGGCUUCGGCCGACGACGGCCUUCCCCGUGCCGCGAGCGUCCAUGGACGCCGUCGAGAUCGUCCUCCGGGGGCUCUUCGUCGACGUCGUCCGAAGGCUCGAACGCGCGGACCCCUUCGACCCGGCCGCCGUCGCGCUCCCGCCGCGCGUGCUCCUGGCGGCGCGGCAGCUCGCCGACGACGAACCACCCUAA